ACCUCGCUCAGCAUUUCUUUGAGAUGUUCGCCGCCGUCCGCACCGCUGUCGCCGCUCCAUGGACGUGGAGCAGGGCAGCGAUAGCAAUGCACCCAACAGUGUCUGGCAAGCGUAGCAUGUCGACGCGAGUGGGAUGGAUUGGAACAGGAGUCAUGGGUGCGUCUAUGGCGAAACAUGUGGCCUCAGCUGGCUUUGACCUCUCGGUCUAUGCGCGGUCACCGGAGAAGCCAGCUGUGGUCGAUUUGGUGGAAGCCACAGGCGCGCGUGUCUUUGACUCACCAGCGGAACUGGCAUCCUCGGUCGAUGUGCUCUGUUCCAUUGUUGGGUUUCCUGAUGAUGUGCAUGCCGUCUUGCUUGAUGAUGUUGACGGUGCUCUUGGCAAGGCUGUCACCAAUCCGCCGUCGUUGGUCAUCGAUCUGACCACAUCACAGCCGGCGCUCGCCCUCAAGAUUGCUGCGGCUGCCCAGGCGCAGGGCUCGGAUGCUCUGGACGCGCCGGUCUCAGGUGGUGAUGUUGGGGCGCGGAACGGCCAGCUCUCGAUCAUGGUCGGCGGCAGUGACGCGGCCUUUGCAGCUGGCCUGCCGAUCCUGCAGCCUAUGGCCAAGGUUGUGACUCACAUGGGUGGGCCUGGAGCCGGCCAGCACACCAAGAUGGUCAACCAGAUUGCCAUCGCCGGCGGCAUGAUCGGAAUGGUCGAGGGCCUUGUCUACGGUCAUGCUGCUGGUCUCGAUCUCGAGACGGUGCUCGAGGCCAUUUCGGGCGGCGCCGCCGGCUCAUGGUCGCUCUCCAACUACGCGCCGCGGAUGCUCAAGAGGGACUUUGCCCCGGGCUUUUACGUCGAGCACUUUGUCAAGGACCUCGGCAUUGCCCUCGACGAGGCCCGUGCUAUGAAUCUCUCGCUCCCAGGCCUCGCUCUGGUCCAGCAGCUCUACCUUGCGCUCAUCGCCCAGGGUGGCGCCGCCCGUGGUACCCACGCCUUGCAGCUCGCCCUCGAGUCGAUGAACAACAUCCAGAUCAAAGACUACUCGGCGUAACGCUCAGUUGGAGUGGGCCCGUCGCCCGCCGCCUCCCUGCGGCGACGCAGGCAAGCGCCGUGCAUCGGCCGCACCUCCGCCGUCACCAGCCGCCCGC